GAAUCGCCAAGCUCGUUGUUCCUCGGAGCCCGGCGGAGGACAGAAGAAGUUAGCUCAGCCUGUCGGAUAUCUGCCCCCGUUUUGGUCGCUUUUCUUUCCCCUCCGAGCUCCGAGGAUGAGCCGGUGAACUGGAUGGGGAAAGAGUAGCCUGCUGGUCGGCUGACCUAUCACCCUGCGGCGCGGCGCGGCGCGGCGCGGCGCGGAGCUCCGGUGUCGGGAACAAACAGCGGGGAAGGGACGUAAAUAAGCCCGGAGAUGGUUCACUUUCCGCGGGGACCUUCGGUGACUUUACUGCUGCUGACGGCGCUUUAAAAUCAGAUUUUUUUAAAAACUGAACUGACAGGAAGGAGGUUAGAUUAAAUCGCUUUGUGGAUUAACAAUGCCGGACCAAAUCACAGUUUCAGAGUUUGUCGCGGAGACAAAUGAAGAUUAUAAAUCUCCUACAGCCUCUAUUUUCACCACCAGGAUGUCCCACUGCAGGAACACAGUGGCUGCUCUGGAGGAGGCUCUGGACGUGGACCGCAGCGUUCUCUACAAGAUGAAGAAGUCGGUGAAGGCCAUCUACACGUCCGGCCUGGCCCAUGUGGAGAACGAGGAGCAGUACACUCAGGCGCUGGAGAAGUUCGGGGAAAACUGUGUGUGCCACGACGAUCCCGACCUGGGCUCGGCCUUCCUCAAGUUCUCCGUCUUCACCAAGGAGCUGACGGCACUCUUCAAAAACCUGUUCCAGAACAUGAACAACAUCAUCACCUUCCCCCUGGACAGCCUGCUGAAAGGAGACCUGAAGGGCGUCAAAGGGGAUCUGAAAAAGCCUUUUGACAAAGCCUGGAAGGACUACGAAACCAAAGUCAAAGGACAUUCUUUACUGAGAGGGACCAAAAUCGAGAAGGAGAAGAAGGAGCACGCUCGGCAGCACGGGAUGAUCCGGACGGAGAUCAGCGGCGCGGAAAUAGCCGAGGAGAUGGAGAAGGAGAGGCGCUUCUUCCAGCUGCAAAUGUGCGAGUACCUCCUCAAAGUCAACGAGAUCAAGAUCAAGAAGGGGGUGGACCUGCUGCAGAACCUCAUCAAGUACUUCCACGCACAGUGCAAUUUCUUUCAGGACGGCCUGAAGGCCGUGGAGAACCUGAAGCCGUCGAUAGAGAAACUGGCUACAGAUCUGCACACGAUCAAGCAGGCGCAGGAUGAGGAGAGGAAGCAGCUGACUCAGCUGAGAGACGUCCUGAAAACGGCUCUGCAGGUGGAGCAGAAGGAGGCGAGGAGAGAUUCCCAGGUGCGGCAGAGCGCGACGUACAGCCUGCACCAGCCGCAGGGCAACAAGGAGCACGGCACCGAGCGCAGCGGCUUCCUGUUCAAGAAGAGCGACGGGUUGAGAAAAGUCUGGCAGAAGAGAAAAUGCACGGCUAAAAACGGAUACCUCACCAUCUCACACGGCACAGCUAACAGGCCGCCGGCUAAACUCAACCUGCUGACCUGCCAGGUGAAGCACAACCCUGAGGAGAAGAGGAGCUUCGACCUCAUUUCACAUGACCGAACUUAUCAUUUUCAAGCUGAGGACGAACAGGACUGUCAGAUCUGGAUCUCAGUUCUGCAGAACAGUAAGGAGGAGGCGUUAAAUCAGGCGUUUAAAGGCGACCACCAUGUCGGCGAGAACAACAUCGUUCAGGAGCUGACGAAGGCGAUCCUGGGGGAAGUGAAGAGGAUGACGGGGAACGACGUGUGCUGCGACUGCGGAGCGCCCAAUCCGACGUGGCUGUCCACCAACCUGGGCGUCCUCACCUGUAUCGAAUGUUCAGGGAUCCACAGGGAACUCGGAGUCCACUACUCUCGGAUCCAGUCCCUCACUCUGGAUGUCCUCAGCACCUCUGAGCUCUUGCUGGCCAAGAACGUGGGGAAUGCAGGGUUUAAUGAAAUCAUGGAAGCUUGUUUAAAUGCUGAAAAUGUGGUGAAACCGAACCCAGCGAGUGACAUGCAGACCAGGAAAGACUUCAUCACGUCCAAAUACAUCGAGAAGCGUUUUGCCAGGAAGAAGGGCGCCGACGCGGCGGCUCGGCUGCACACGUUGUGCGAGGCGGUGAAGGCGCGGGACAUCUUCUCCCUCAUCCAGGUUUACGCCGAGGGGCUGGACCUCAUGGAGCCGAUUCCGCUCGCCAACGGACAUGAACAGGGAGAGACGGCUCUUCAUUUGGCCGUCAGGCUGGUAGACAGAACGUCUCUUCACAUCGUCGACUUUCUCACUCAGAACAGUUUGAAUCUGGACAAGCAGACGGCCAAAGGCAGCACAGCGCUGCACUACUGCUGCCUGACCGACAACAGCGAAUGUCUGAAGCUGCUGCUGAGAGGAAAAGCCUCCAUAGAUAUUGCGAACGAAGCUGGCGAGACGCCGCUGGAUAUCGCCCGGAGGCUCAAACAUGCUCAGUGUGAGGAGCAGCUCAACCAAGCUCUGGCAGGAAAAUUCAACGCUCACGUCCACGUUGAGUACGAGUGGCGCCUGAAGCACGAGGACCUGGAUGAGAGCGAUGAGGAUCUGGAUGAGAAGCCGAGCCCCCAUCGGAGAGACGACCGUCCCGUCAGCUGUUACGCCCCCAGCAGUAACGCCCACCUGCAGUCCGGUCUGGGGCCCGCCGGCCGGGACGGAGCGGGCCUCAGCAAGGACAAGCACCGCCUCUUUAUGCCCAGCCUGGUGAACAACGAGACCUACGGAACCAUCCUGAACACCGGCUCCCCUCAGUCGGCCUCCCCCUCUGCUCCGCCCCUGCCCCCAAGGAACCUGGCCCAGUUCUCCUCUGUGGGGGGAAUCGGUCAGUCCGCCACCUCCAGCACCUGGAAACCCGGUUCUAUAGACCUGGUCGGCCGGCAGCGGUCGUCCUCAGACCCUCCCAACAUGCACCCUCCUGUUCCCCCAAUGAGGCUCACUUCUACUGGAGCUCUGGGUCCCGCCCCCGUAGCCAAGAUGGAAGCCAUGAACAUCCAGUCCAAGUCGGGUCAGGGUCUGCUGGGGACCCGGUCAGUGCCACCCAAAUCCCCUGCUGGCAACGAUAAAAGCUUCAGCCGAGGUUUCCUGAAUCAAAGUGAAUCUGUAGAACGAGCAGCUAAGGAAGUGCCAGGAUGCCCCCAGAACUCGGUGCCUCCGGCCCACGUAUCAAGGAAAGCAAAUCCUAAGCAGAGACCAAAGCGGGUGAAGGCCAUCUACAACUGCAUAGCUGACAACCCAGAUGAGCUGACGUUUUCCGAGGGCGAGGUGAUCGUGGUGGAUGGAGAGGAGGACCAGGAGUGGUGGCUGGGCCACAUUGAAGGAGAUCCAAUGAGAAGAGGCGCCUUUCCCGUCACAUUUGUCCUCUUCAUCACCGACUGACGGACCGCUCGGGUCCUGCGGAGGCGUCACGAGAUGCUGCGUUAGUCGCCAGCCAUCCGUCUGAGGACCCAUGAGGUUCAGCUCCUCACUCAGAAUCUAAAGAAAACGAUGUUUUCACUGAACAAUCUCUGGCAAUACACAAAGUCUUUCUGCCACAAACCAAGUUUUAACAAAAUGAAGGUCACAUGAACAGUGUUUAUUUCAUCUCUAGAGCCGCAGUGCGCAGCGAAAUCGAUUUUAACACCUGUAACUGUGAACUUAGACAGCAUGCUUACAUUCCAUACCUGUUCAUGUAGCUGCAGUGUUUGUAGGUCUUUAGUGAUGCUCCUGUGUGGAGGAUUUUCCUAAUGGUGCUAAAUUAACCUCAGAGUAUUCGCCAAGCUGCAGCCAGCAGAGCUCCUCAUCCUCCAUCCCAUCGCAGCUGGAAGAAAAACACUUCCUGACUUUUGUGAUGAAUUUAUGCUAAUGCAUCUCUCUCACACACACACACACACACACACACACACACACACACACACACCUGUUUUAGUACCAGGUGUGAGAUUCAUAGUCAAACAGAAAUGUAU